AUGACCGGGGACGCGCACGUUGGACUGGGGCUGGCGGGGCCGCGCAUGCUGACGCAGGACCGGGCGGGGCCGCGCGCGCUGACGCAGGACCGGGCGGGGACGCGCACGCUGACGCAGGACCGGGCGGUGACGCGCACGCUGACGCAGGACCGGGCGGGGACGCGCACGCUGACGACCGGGUCGGGCCGCGCACGCCGGCCCCAGAGAUGGCGGCGGCGGUUGGCGCGGGUUCCCGCGGUUGUGAUCGACCCGACGGGCGUCUUCAAAUACAUUCUGAUCCGGGUCGGGCAGGACGGUGGCCCCGAGAUAGACGUGGUGGGGGGGUGGGCGUCCGCCGAUUACCAUGCUGAUAUCUACGACCAGGUGUCGGCAGAGAUUGAGCAGCAAGGUCUGUACUGUGAGUGCCAGGGUGGGGGCCGCAUCAGGCACGAUAAGCAAGAGAAGAAUAUACACGUGUACGGAUACUCCAUGGGCUUUGGCCGGGCUAAGCAUGAAAUAACAACAGAAAUCCUGAGGGCCAAGUACCCAGACUACACGGUGACCUGGGCAGACGAGGGCUACUGAGAUGGGCAAGGGAACACGCCAACUCUGGCCGGCACAGCUGGGCUACCCUCGCUGGGCCCGAGGCCUCCUGAUGUAACAAAUCAUUUGUCCAGAGUUUUGUUGGACUUGUGCUGCCCAUUCAACUGAUCAUGUCUGCUGUGAUCCGUGUUAAACUAUCAUUGAACCUUCAUGGUGAGAGAGGUUCACUUUGUCAUCAGCUAUGUAUUUCUGAUCCUCAUGCAUCUUUAUUUCCUCCCCCAACACAGCUCGCUGUGUGUGCCGUACUCAUUCACCCACCCAACAAGUUGGAGUUUAACAAUGCUCCUUGUGUGUGAAAGAUUUAAUGGAUGAUAAAAAUCAAAGUGUUUCAGGUGAUUCAAAGGCUUAGGAGGGUAAAUAGAAACCUCUUGUGAUGGCAAGACUGGGUAACUGUAGGAUUGGGGAUAGCACAAGGGAAAGAUGAACUUUCUCCCCUGAAGUUUGCUCACUUGAAAUAUUAAAACUAAAUUUGUUCAA